GGGUACCUACUUUACAGACUACCUAGAACUAGGAAAUCUAGCCUUAGCCUUUCUAUUGCAGGCAAGUUUGAUUUAGACGUUUACGUCCUCACUAUGUCUAGCCUCGACGACCGUAGCCUAAAAACUCUCUUCGCUGAGCUCCCGCAGCACUGCAUCGUCCUACUCGAAGAUGUCGAUGUGACCAGCGUGCAUCGAAUACAAGACAGCAAUGCGGAUGCAAGCCAAAGCCUUGGCCAAAAUGGCUCCCCACGAAUGUCUGCCGGUGGAAAGGUGUCUCUAUCAACCCUCCUCAAUGUUCUCGAUGGUCUAGCGUCACCCGAAGGCAGAGUGUUGAUCAUGACAACCAAUCAUAUCGAGCGCCUAGACCCUGCACUCAUACGUCCCGGCCGUGUGGACACGAAGGUCAAGUUCAUUCUCAACUCUGAAACAUUUCUGGGGGGCACGAUGUGCCGCCACAGAACGUGA